AUGCCGUCGGCGUUAGAAAGCGACUGGUGUGAGCCGUACAACAUUACCAAAUUUCUGUCGGAUAUAAACUACGGUAUCCAUAAUCUCGGUCGACCAUUCAACAUGGACUUCAAGGUUCACUUCAACCCACUCAAACUCGGCAGCCGGCCCGCUGAAUCUGACCACAGCCUAGAACAUCCAAGCAACGCAGUGCGCACCUUGGAACGUGAAGAGGUCGAGUGGAUCGUUAGAGGAUCGGAAGGUCGUUUACUAUCGCUUUUCAACUAUCUGCAUUCGAGAAGCGGUCUACGCUGGAUCCUGCUCGGACCUCUUGACGCUGUCUUGCCAUCGGCGUACAAUGGCGUAAGCUGGUGGGUGCCUUAA